AUGUCGUUUAGGAAGAGAAGUGAAGUUAUCGGCACGCCCUCCGUUCCUGGUAGGAUUCCUGUGAAUACACGUCCAAUAAACCCUGUUCCAGGAAGAGGUCCCCAAGGUCCUAGUGCUGGAGCGAGUGGUAGGAUUCCUCCAGCUGGUGGCAGGAUUCCCCCUUCAAAUAGAACAGCAUCACCCCAGGCGAAAGAAAAAGAAGAUAUUGCUUCAAUAAUGACAAAUCCAAGUGUUCGGCCGUCAUCGAUAACCUCGCAACCAACAGUUUCAACAGGUGGAUCCGAUUUGGAUAAAAUUUUAUUGCACCAAGGUAUACCCUUAGGUACCUCGUUAGUUAUAGAAGAAUCGGGAUCCACUGACUUUGCUUCGGUAAUUCUAAGAUCUUUUUCAUCGCAGGGAGUUAUACAUAAUAGAAUUGAUAAAGAUCAAUUGUAUUCGCAUGUCAUUGUUGUGGGUUUAUCAUCCCAGUGGGCCGGUGAAUUGCCUGGUUUAUACAAAGGUUCGUCAAAAGAACAGAAGAAAGCUAAGAUCUUAGAAAACGAGUCGAAAGUCAGUGUGAGCAAUUUGGCUACAAACGGUGGAGCUAGAAACGAGAAGGAUAUGAAGAUCGCCUGGAGGUAUGGCUUGAAUAAGAAACCAGAAACCCAAGAUACCAAUAAUCAAACCACUUAUGAAUUUUAUAAUAACCAAUUUGACAUCACCCAAAAGUUAGUACCAGGUCCAAGCAAUCAAGACAUUUCCUUUGUUCCAUUAUCCACUGAUUAUAACCAAAUAAUUCAACAAAUUUUGUUAAUCAUUUCAAACCAACUCAGAUCGAAUCCUACUAAAAUCAUUAGGCUUGUCAUCCCUAAUAUGUUGAAUCCAUCCAUUUAUAAUCCAUUAUGCUCGACUCCGACAUUCAUUCUUCCUUUUGUUCAUUCCUUACGUUCAAUUUUGCGUAAAUAUUCAAAUAAUUUAGUUUUGAUUUGUUCUUUACCGCUAGACUUGUAUCCAAGAGAUACACAUCUUACAUCAAUGAUUGAGAGCAUUAUGGAUUCUGUUAUCCAUUUACAACCUUUCAAUCAAGAAAUGACUCUGUUAAUCGAGAAAGCUUACAAGAAUGAACCUUCUAAGAUUCAGCAAGGUUUAGUUAAUAUUAUAAAAUUGCCUGUUUUAUCUGAAAGGGGUUUAAUGAUGAUUCAUGAUGGAGAAUAUGCAUUCAAGAAUGGUAGGAAGAAGUUUGAGAUUGAAGAAUGGGGUAUUCCUGUCGAAGAUGAUUCGAAAGAUGAUGCUAAUGCUCAAACUACAAAAAAUAUCGAAUUUUAG